AUUUUUUGCUUCCUUAAUUUUUUUUCAUGGUAUAUUUUUAUUUUUUUCAUUAUUACUUGAUUGGAAUUGACGGAAAAAGCCCAUUUUCAUAGACAGAGGUGUGUAUGAAAUUCCAAAUUUCAAGUUUGACCUGGAUUUAUAAAUUUACGUAAAACAAUCUACAAUAAGUAAACAUUAAAAUCACAAGUUCACGUUUAUUUUAAAGAACGAAUUAACGUUUGCACAAUGUCAGUUAAAACGUCCUUCAAUAAUUUUUUCGGACUCUUCAACUCCUGUUGCGCACAUGGAAAUUCCACUAAACAGGAAACAUUUGACGAGGAUCUCGAAGAACAAAAUUUUAAGGAAAAACUGCAAGACUACCUUGAUGUCAUCGUAUUACUUGAGGACGGGACAAAGUUAUCCUGUACUUUACAUGUAAAUUGUGAAACUAGCCUUGUAAGGAUCGCCUGUGAUAAACAAGUAAGAGAGAUUGACUUUGCAUCAGUGAAGAAGAUUCUACACACUAAGGAUGAGCUGAGCAGAAUCCAGACCACUGGGAACUCCAUGAACUAUAAUACAACUGUGGCUUUCCACUUACUUGAAAAUGGAAACUGUAUCCCGGUAAGCUUCAGCAACACUCGCGAAAAGAGAAUGUUCCUAAACAUCUUAUCCCCUUUCAUUCCCACUUGACCUUCCAAACCUAUUUCCACUUUUACUAAUCUACA